UUCUGUAGUGGUGUUCAAUUUACACAGCAAGUGGCAGUGUUCCUAUUGCUGCUGCUGCUCUAACGCCCCGAGCCUGGAGCACCUGCUGUGUGUGUCUGCCUGCAGCAGCCGACCUGCCCCGCAGCAACCAUCUGUCGGCAGCUGUGCUGCACCUCCUGUGGCUGCGAGCCCUGCAGGACCUGGGGUUUGUCUGCUGCUGUCGGAGGAGGAGGGCUGGGUGUGCAUAGAGCUGAGGAGCAGCACUGAGAUAGGGCGGAACACCUCGUUCUGCAGUUGUCCUUUCUGGGCUGGCUGAUGGAGCGGGUUGGGUGCGGCUGCUCCAGAACCAGGCAGUAGGAGCGGCUGCCUGAAGUUGUGUCCUUCAGGGCUUGAUUCUGGAAGCGCCGAUGAGUGCUGUACUUAGUGGGUGUGUUUUCCGGGUGUCCAGGCAGCCUUCCGUCUCUUCCAGGGGCUUUGAUUAUCCCGGCCCCAUUUUUUCCAGCACAUAAAACGUGUUAUUCCUGUUAGCUGGGUGCUGGCUGAUAUCUGCAUGGGGAAGGCUGAUAUCCUCAUGGUGCUAAGAACACAGCAGGUGCCAUGUGCUGGAAGUGCAGAUUGCCAUUGCUUUCAGAGCUCCAGGACUUCAAGCUGUGCACUGUGUGGAACAAAUCAGGAUUUUGCCCUCGAAUUGACAACAAAACAGGCAGGCCUGACUGCAGUAUAUGCACAGUAUCCAUCUGAAGAACCAGUAGAUAUUUGGGUAAACUGAGCUAAAUUUGUGUGAAGGUUUAUGUGAUUAUUGCAGUCAUCCCACCCUUCUUACUCUUCAUCCAGCAGAGAGAUGUGAGUAAUUAAGGCUAAAGUGCUGAGACAGCUGUGGCAGUGUAGGAGGCAGAGGACAUGGUCAGCGAUAGGGAGGCCUGGCAGUGCAUGGUGCUGGGCUCUGGUCACUUCACAGGGAGUACCUUUAACCCUGACGGAGGUUUAAGAGCUAUGCUGAUGUUUGUAAAUCUGCAUUGUUCUUUUCAAGGAGGAAGAUGCCCAGUGGAGUCAGGCAGUGCCCGGCCCUCCUGCAGGGCCUUGCUGUGUGCAGGCUGUGCGGAGGCAGCAGCGCUGUGCUGUGCCCACGGGCUCCUGGCCAGGCCUCCAGCGCUCUCCGUGCGCUCCCAUGAGCCAGGUUGUUCUCGCCUGUCAGUUCAACUGUGGUCAGUUUGGCUGCGACCUCAGAGCUGAAUGGCAGUGGAGAGACCAGGAGGGAGUCCGGGAGGAAUCGGGUUUAUGUUGCGUUCUUGACAGAAGAAACAAGUAACAAUCUUCUCCCCUCUGCCUGCAUGUGCGUUGGAACAGCGGCUGCUUCCCUCAGUGCAGGAGUUAAAGUGCCCUCCCGCAGACAUGGCCGACGAGGACCUUAUCUUCCGCAUGGAAGGCAUUGAUAAUGCUAGACUGACCGAAGUGACCUCUGGAAAUUAUCUGGAUGCAGACAGUGAUGAUGAGGACAACUAUUAUAUCUACCCAAUAACUGAUGAUCCAGUUUCUAACAAGUCUGCCAGUAGUAAAGUUGACAAUUAUUAUAGCAACUUAGCCAAAACCGAGCAGUACAGUUCCAGCUCUUCUCCUAGAAACUCCUUUAACUACAGGAAUGGCACACAGCAUCGCUCUAAGCACGGCUCUGUGGUUGACCGUAGUCGGGAAACCUGGAAACAUGCUAUUGAAAAAGCUAAGCACAUGCCUGAUCCUUGGGCAGAAUUUCAUCUUGAGGACAUCGAGACAGAACAUGCCACUCGCUACAGGUACAAUGCAGUUACUGGGGACUGGGUUGAAGAUGAAGUUCUCAUCAAGAUGGCUUCACAACCCUUUGGCCGUGGAGCAAUGCGAGAAUGUUUCAGAACGAAGAAGCUAUCCAACUUCUUACACACUCAGAACUGGAAAGCUGCCUAUAACUAUGUUGCCAAGCAGUACAUAGAGAGUGUAGGCAGGGAGGUGUAUUUUGAGGAUGUCCGACUUCAGAUGGAAGCAAAGCUCUGGGGGGAAGAGUACAAUCGGCACAAACCACCCAAACAGGUGGAUAUAGUACAGACCUGUAUAAUCGAAAUGAAGAACAGACCCGGAAAGCCUCUCUUUCAUCUGGAACAUUACAUUGAGGGCAAAUACAUCAAAUACAACUCAAAUUCUGGAUUUGUGCGAGAUGACAACAUUCGUCUUACACCGCAAGCCUUCAGUCACUUCACGUUUGAGCGCUCAGGACAUCAACUCAUUAUUGUUGAUAUCCAGGGAGUUGGAGAUCUUUACACGGACCCUCAAAUCCAUACAGAGAGCGGUACAGAUUUUGGAGAUGGCAAUCUAGGUGUUCGAGGUAUGGCCUUAUUCUUUCACUCUCAUUCUUGUAACAAGAUUUGCAAAAGCAUGGGCCUUGCACCAUUUGACCUUUCAUCCAAAGAAAAAGAUGCCUUGGAUCAUAGUAACAAAUUGCUUGAAUCGGCUCAGACAAUUCUGCGUGGCACAGAGGAGAAGUGUGGCAGCAGCCGGGUGAGGACCAUCUCUGGUAGUCGGCCUCCCCUGCUCUCCCGCCUGUCUGAAAACUCUGGAGAUGAAAGCAUGAGCGAUGUGGCGUUUGACUCCCUGCCCUGCUCUCCUUCUUCUGCAACCCCCCACAGCCAAAAGAUGGACAUGCUUCAUUGGCCUGUGUUCAAUGAAGUAGAUAAUUUGGUUCACAAAGACUAUGAUCAGCUUGAUAACCAAAGGGAUUUUGAAAAUGGUGGAGACAGUGGAUAUCCCAGUGAGAAGAGAAGUGAGCUAGAAGAUCUGGAUCAUAGAGAGAAGGGCCAUUCAAACAACAACCGAAGACAUGAAUCUGAUGAAGACAGUUUGGGAAGCUCUGCAAGGAUAAGUGUGGAGAAAUGGAAUCUCUACAAUUCUUCCAGAGUCCACAUCCACAGACCAUCCUGUGUUGCUCAAGAAAUUCAGAGGCUCAAUGCACUAGAACUUGAAAAGAAAAUUGGGAAGUCAAUCCUUGGGAAGGUUCAUCUGGCCAUGGUUCGUUACCAUGAGGCGGGGCGUUUCUGUGAGAAGGACAAGGAGUGGGAUCGUGAGUCAGCUCUGUUCCACCUGGAGCAUGCUGCAGACUGCGGGGAGCUGGAAGCCAUUGUUGGGUUAGGACUCAUGUGCUCACAGCUGCCACAUCACAUUCUUUCUGAGGUCACUUUAGAGGACACAAAGGAGAACCGAAAAAGAGGAUUUGAUUACUUGCUGAGAGCAGCAGAAGCUGGAGACCGGCCUUCCAUGAUUCUGGUAGCAAGAGCAUACGAUACAGGUGUCAAUCUAGGUUCAGACAGAGUACAGGAUUGGAGGGAGGCUCUGUACUGGUACAACGCUGCCCUGAACAUGACUGACUAUGAUGAGGGAGGUGAAUAUGAUGGCACUCAGGAUGAGCCCCGGUAUCUGCUCCUGGCCAGGGAAGCAGAGAUGCUAAUGACAGGAGGGUUCCAUCUGGACAAGGACCCACAGAGAUCGGGUGAUCUCUACACAGAAGCAGCGGAAGCAGCAAUGGAAGCAAUGAAGGGCAGACUGGCAAAUCAGUACUACCAGAAAGCAGAAGAGGCUUGGGCGAUGAUGGAAGAAUGACAUUGCAAUUAUGCAGUUCUUGUAUAUAGACUUUUUUUAAAGACUUAGUAUGUUUGCAGCUAAAAAUAUAUAUUUUUGUGGUGUUAGCAGUUUUUUGUACUUCAGUUUUCUAACUUCUUUUGAAGGUGAAAAUACAAAUGCAGCUAGGAUGUAGGUUACAAUAGCGUUCUUCUGUCAAGUGUUUUAAAGCUGUAGUACAGACACUCUUGACCUUUUAUAUAGAUAUAUUUUUAACUGUUAGGACAGAGGAGGCUGAUUUUUUUUUUUUUUUUUUUGAUGAAAAGUGAAGCCAAAGACUGCUUGGGUUUCACAUGUCCUGCUUUAUAUGCAGCAACUGAUCAGUGUGUUUACAUUUUUCUUCUCCCCCCCACAUACAGAAUAAAUAAACUUUCCUACAUUCACAGCAUUUCUUAAUUGUUGGUGUAUCUCACUAAACUUGCAUGUGAAUGUAAAUGUGCAAUAUAAGCACGUGAAGCAAGCAGCUCCUCUUUAUAACUAAUCCCAUUCUUUCAGUGGGCACUGGUUUAUUCUCAGAUUAAUUCUAGAUAGAAUCCUUAGAGUUUGGAGAGAGGGAGGAAAAAAGCUGUCAGUGAGGUUAUUCAGAGUGGAAUAUGUGUUAUUGCCACCACUGCAUAUUUUACUAUCAGAAAAACACCAGUGAUCCUAAGGAGGUGAGGCACCCAGCUACCUCUCUCAUUUUCACACUUUGUAUGAUAUAACAACCUCACUGUGUAGAUUUCUGCUGAUCUCAUGUAGUAGUAUUUGCCCAGUGAUUUACAGUAGCAUGAACUGUACUAUAUGGGUAACACAUAGGCAAUUUUACAGAGACAUCUCCGUUCUCAGCAAAGCGAGAACAUCUCACUUACAAUGAGAAUACACUUCCCAGCAUUUCCAGAGGGAUAUUUGUAAAACUUAGGCGGUGUUGAUUUACCUACAUCUAUGUAUAGAAAAUAAUUUAUCUGGUUUAAGUAGCUUUGUGUGUUUUAUCUGCUCUCUUAUGGUUCAUAUAGUAACUUCACAUGAUGCUUUGAUAGAUUUGAGCUGACUGAUGAAGGAUAUAUGCAAAUAUAUAUGUAAGUUUCCAGAUUAUGUUGGGUAACUUAUUAAAUACUACCGUACGGUACAAAGCUUAUGUUCCAUGGUAUUAGCACUGGGGAGUUUUCAUCUGACUUUUAGCAUCAUCUCCUGUAGUUUACAGUUGAGCUUUCUAAAAGGCCUCUGUUCUUCAAAAGAGACUGAGAAUGGUUUAGUGGUUUUAAGUGUCAGUUACAGAAAAUUGCUGAUUGUAAGGAGAAGACAUUAUAAUCCCUGAACACUUGAAUUCCUGUAUCUUGUCCGCAUAAUCUUAAGCCAUACAUGGUGGUGGUUGCAUUAUCAUGGCAUGGAGAUUUUUUUUUUCUUCCCCAAAUCCACUAUUUUAUUCUAAAAACUGCAGUGCUGUACAGAGAACAGAGCAGCUCUUGCUGUUUCUUCAUCUUGGCUAACAGUCAUUUUGCAAGAGAUUAACACAAAAGCUUUAUGGCUUGUUGGUCCAGCAGUCUCCUGAGGAGGUUGAAUGGGAUGGAGAAGGGGCAGCCUUUAGGAAGUGCUGAGUGUCUGUAAUGCAUAGCCAGCCUCACUUUAGCAAAGCUUUUGAGCUUUUAUGGGUAGAACUGAACAAGCUGCAUGUUGAUGCAGUUGAUUUCAGUGGAGCUCCUUGUGUGCAUAUACCAGGACUAUUUCUUGUAAAAUUUAGAAACUGUUCAGGAAAGAGAAACUCAUUCUUCCUUUCCUUUAUGAGUGUGCCUGGCACUGGGCCCCAAAGCUGCACUCCCCAUUUACUCUUUCUGGCAAGUAGAUCUUAAAUUGUUGUUAAAUAAUGUUGAAGCAUCACGCUAAUAACAACUGCCACCAUCAGUGGAUGCUUUAAGUGCCUAUCCAAGUUGUGCUUUGAGUGCCUGAAGCCUCUUGGAUGUGGCCUUUUUGCUCUUUCAUAUCAUUUAAUUAUUACUUGGUGAUGAAAGGUGAAUUAGCAUUCACCUCUGAAGGUGGUUGAAUAGUGAGUGUUUUGUGCAAAACUUACAGUGUAGGCAUUGUAACGAAUGGAGACAAAAGGUUUUGUUUUCCUUGUAAGGUGUUGGUGCCAAGAGUUUGAGGUUUUCCUUGAGAAGGAAGCAUAUGUGCAACAACCCCACCAACCACGUAGGGAGGAGAGGAGAUUGAAUGCAACCGUCCAAAAUGUGUAAGUAAAGGAGUAGAGUAUAAUUACUGACACUUUUUGAUGUAGUUUAAUUUGCUACAUUCAAUAAUUACUGUCAGCUCUGUAGAUCUGAUAUGUAUAUGUCCACAUAGCUCAGUGAAAAAAUACCAUGAUCAAUAAUUUGUUUGCCAAUACUUUGUAAUGCUGUAGACUACCUUCAGUCCUAAGGUGGUGCCGUGUCAUUUAGCUGUACGGCACGGAGGGCUGACAGGAAUUUGAAAAUUAAAAUCGUUUACAGAAAUAUGCACAAUUUGUUCUAUGACGUUCUUUUGAAGGUAAAGAGAACUGUACUGACAGACUUUCUGAGUGAUACUGCUCUAUGCUGUAUUUUUAAUCUAUUCACAAUGAAUAAAUAAAAAUCUGUAUUUUUAAAAAAUGUGAGAAUAAAUCUUGAGGCUUGGCCUGGUGAAAUUGA